UUAAGAUGUCACCCAAAUGCAAACAAAUCUAUGGUGUGUGGUGCGUUUUAUUUAUUUUCGAAACCUACCGGUUCCUUCUUCUUCGUUUUCGUACAAUACCGCGUAAUUCUGAGAGAAAAAUUGAAAUAUUCGUCUUCUUUCUGUUGUUCAUCAUCGUCUGCAUCCUCCUCCUAUUCGUUCUCGCCGCCGUUCGUCUUGUUCCGGCACGUCCUCCUGCAGUGCCAUCUUUUCUGCGCGACAGUUUCUCUUUUCCAAAUAGAAACUUCUGAUUCCUGCUCUCCCAGUGCACUCUGUUUGCUUUUAUUGGUACAACCCCUGCUGCCCAGAUUGCUACAUGGCAUGUUGCUUUAAGGAAUGGGAAUAAACAAAUGCUUAGAUUCAAAUUGAGCUUUUGUCCUUGCUUCCAUUGAAUAUUGCAUGUGAAUUCCAUUCGAGCACAGAAUGCUAUACUACAAAAAAUUCAAAAAUCAAGGUAGAAUGUGGAAAGGACGAAGCUUCAGUAACUAUGCCAAAAUGUUGAAGGAUAUUGUUGCAAUUAUCAAUAAAAGAGCACACAGGGCAUGCGAGGAGAGCAAAGGCCAAAUAGAGAGCAAGAUACAGGGUUUUGGUGAAAAGAAAGUUUGUUGAGAGUCAGCGAGACGUGAGAUUUUAAAUGACUACAUCUUUUGGAAAAAGGUGACGAAGAAAAGGAUUGUGCUACCUUGAGAUCAAAGUUUGAACUUCCCAACAGGGAAAGCCAAAAGUGAAUCCAUUGAUAAUGGGGGAGCAAUCUGAGAGUGAGAGCAGGAGUGCCAAGCCUAAAAUAGGCACAAGGGAGAAGAAGAAAAUUGAGUUUGAGUUCUGCAAGGUUUGCAAUAUAAAUCACGACCAAGGUCUCCGCCACAAAUACUUCCCUAAGCACAAAAAAUCCCUUUCUACCUUCCUCUCUCGCUUCCAAAACAAAUGCUCUGAUGUACGCUUCUUCCUCAACACGCCUACCCCUCUCAGUUCUCAACUUUCUUCUCAUAAUCGCUUCUGGUGUGUUUUCUGUGACCAAGAUAUCGACGAGCUCUCCAGUUCAUUUUCCCGCAGUGCAAAUGCGAUUCGUCACCUAGCAAGUAUUGAACAUAUGAAGAAUUUGAAGCACUUCUUCUGGAAAUAUGGUGGCUCCACGGAUCAGCUGGAUGCAUUUACAGUUUCUGAUAACGACGUUGCAAAGUGGGAAAAGAGGUGCAUGGCCCUAAAAAAAGAAGCUGACUUGCAAAGUGAGGGAAGUCAUGGAGCAGUUUCUGGACCUUCAAGUGAUAUCCAUAAUCAAUUGAAAAAUGGAAAUAGUGAUAGUUUUGAAAAUAUUUAUUCCCAUUCUGUGAAAUCAUAUCCUUCAAAUGUUGUUUUGCCUUUACAUUGCUACACGAAUGAGUAUCAGGUAUCCUCUUCAGAACACUCUGGAGUUGGAAAUACUGGCCUAUUAGAUAUUGAUAACUCUUCUUUACCUUCGGAAGCGUGCUCUAGUGCAAAUUCUCUUGCUUUGCAGGAUUUUGCUGUGGAAAGAGGAAGCCAUUCUCUCCCUUGUAGUGGUGGACUAUGGUCAAGUGGUGGUUACUCCUGUAAUAAAACACAGGUUCUUGAUAAUGGUAAAGUGGUCAGGGGAGAGAGCAAUCAGCAAGGUAUACAGAUGCUCACCCGAAUCUCUUCUGUGUCUGCUGAAAAUGAUGGUGGAAAUGUUCAUUCUGGAGCACCUCCACCUUGGUUUGAAUCAACCGAGGGAGUUCAGAUACAUCCUAAGUCUGUUUUAGGAGACCUUAUCUCCCAUUCAAAAAAGUCAGGGAAUUACAAAAAGCUGAAUCCUAAACGCAUUGGAGCUGCUUGGGCAGAAAAGAGAAAGAUUGAAAUGGAGAUGGAAAAGAGGGGGGAGAUUGUGAGGAACAAAUGUGAUGUCAACUGGCUUCCUAAUUUUGGUAGAGUCUGGCAAUCUGGUAGCAGAAGAGAAUCCAGAAAAGAAUUUGAAAAGGAGAAACAAGAGUUGUUCAGUGUUGAAACUCAAUCUGAGAUGCCAAUCAUGAUACAACCUUAUGUUAGCAAAAGAAUGCGGAUGGAUAGUAGUGGUGAUUAUGCAAGUGGGUGAAAUUUCUGAUGGCAAACAUGUUCGGGUCGCCUAUCAGUUUAAUUUUGAACAUAGGACAACUUGUCCAACAGUAGUGUACAGAAAACAGAGAUUCCUCACCCAUUAGAUUCCUCUCAGUUCUUUCUCCUCGUUACCUAAUUGUUGUACUUGCCUAGUUGACUCAAACUGCACUUAUCUCUCUUUAAAGUCGUUCUUUUUCUGUAAUAUUUUUUCUGGGCACUAACAUGGAUCAUCGGUUCAUUCUAAAUGUCUUCAAGAUUUUGAUUGGAAUUAAGAGUUUGAAGAAGAUUUGUGGGGGUUGCUGGGUAAUUUUCAAACUUCAAUCAAUGUAAGUCAUGAAUUGUUCUCAUUUCAUACAGCUUGAAGAAGACUGGUAAUUCGGA